AUGGCUACCGUCAUCAUCCAGUACCCCACCGGUCACGAUUUCAACGUUGACUACUAUGUCAAGACACACAUGCCCCUAGCUGAGAAGACAUGGGGAUCUCACGGCCUCAUCAGCGCAGAUAUCGUCAAGCUGGGAGGAGACAGCCCUCACCAGAUCUACACCAUCAUGAAGUGGGAGAGCUUGGCCGCCUUCCAGAAGGCCGCUGCUAUGGAGGAGACAAAGGCCGUCCAUGAGGAUGUGAAGAACUUCACCACCGCUAAGCCUACGGUAGUCAUUGGCGAGAGUGUUGCUUCACCUAAGCUCUAA